GUAAAAACCAUAAAUUGCCGCUGUUGAACCUUUAGUCCAUCGGUUUCUACGCGCUGCACUCAUCAGCUAAUCUGUUCAUAACCUUUUGCAAGUCAGGAAAUAAUAAAAUGAUGUUUGCCGGUGUUAUUGCGGGAUUGCUGGCCGUUGCCGGGUACGGUGCCGCCAAUCCAGUGGCGCUGGGCACCUGCGAUCCCAGCGCUUUCAUGCCUUGCGCGAUGCCUUUCCUGACGUACGCCAUGGGACCGGAAGGUCAGGAGCUGGCCAAGCUCAAAGGAGGAGUGGAUGUUACGGAACAGCAGCUGAAAAGUCUGUGCAGACUCACCAAAGAAACCUUAACCUGUGCAAAAACCGCCCUCGGUCAGUGCGUGCCGCGUGAUGUUACCGAUUUUCACGAGUUCGCUGCCACGGUGGUACGACUGAUGGAUGUCUGUGACCGUCCGGAUCUUUACAGCAAAUUUAACACCUUGAUGCAGUGCGGCAAGACGCUCAACCAGACCGAUGGCUCCAAAGCACGCGCUUGCGGCAAUCGAUCGUUCCGCCUGGGUAUGGAGCAAGCUAAGGCAUCCGGACAGAGCGGAGAUAUGUUGGCUGGAUGGCGCAACGGGGAAAUCCUGAAGCAAAUGUGCUGUUCAAUCAAAUCUCACAAAACCUGCAGUGGAACGGAAGUUGCCGACAAAUGCGGACGUGAAGCCCAACAAAUUGCCGAUGAUAUCACCCUUGCCGUCGAGGAGGCCUUCAAAUGCAACGGCCCCCGUGGACAAAAUUGCCCGGCCCUGCCGCCGCCCACCGCGGAAGACGACAAGCAGAUUGACGUAUCCAGUAUGACCAACAUGCUCUCCAUGCCGGGUAUGGGCAUGGGCGGACCCGGUGGUUUCGGUCCCGGUGGGCCACCCAUGUAAUCGGCGCAUAUAACAUCCCGGCAAAUACUGUUCUAAUGGCGGCGCUUGGUAAUACUGUAGCGUACUAAAGAAAAUUGUAACACGUGAUGCAGUGCGCCUUUGUCGCUACAAUAGUACGUUUUCUUCGGAUCUGUCAAAAAUUUUAAUGGCAACAAACGAUAUAUCAGAAUUUUCUAUAUAAGAUCAUUGAUGUUCACAAUGUUUGCAGCACAAGAAUUGCUCAGCAGAUACCCGGUGAAGAAAUAAAAUUCUGCUCUACUAG